AUUCGCUAAUAACACAGAGUGGCUGCAUGCUCGAUAUCAUGAGAGCUCGCUUUUGCCGUUUCUAUUUCCCGCUUCAGAGACACCAUACAUUUUCUCCGAAGCCGAAAGCUGAGACUUUGCUCGAUAUUUCAUCUUGCGAGUGGAAUUUAUUGACCAGAAACACUGUUUCUGUUGCCGUACUGGUCAAUACAAUCGUGCUAGAUAUCCUAAAGAUACCAUUCCCCCACCAUCCAUGAUGAGUGGAGAAGUUGGGAUGGAGAUGGAUGACCUCAACAAGAAAGAGGACAGCAACAAGCAGGAAAUGGCUCCAAAGACAUCUCCACGACCUGGGCGCUUCCAGGUCAACAUCGUCAGUGAGAAGCCAGAGGCUUCUCCCAAAGAGAAUAAGGACAAGACCUCUCCUGUUCACAGUGAGCCAAGUUCCGGUGGACAUUCCAGUCCACUUGGCAAUGAAGACUUUGACCAUUCCAUGGCCAUGCAGACCUUUGGUCAAAACACCAUUGAAGUGAUGCCAUCUCUGGACUACUAUAGGAACCUUUUCUCCACAUCUGCAAGUGCCAAACAAAGGCCAACGUUGAAUGAUCUCCACGAACCCAUUAAGACCCCAACACCUCAAGAGGCCCCCGCUGAUGCUGAGCGACAACCACAGACUUCAUCCGCUGCAAAGUUUGGUUGGAUCAAGGGAGUAUUGAUAAGAUGUGUUUUGAAUAUCUGGGGUGUGAUGCUCUUCCUGCGUCUCACAUGGAUUGUGGGACAGGCUGGAAUAUUGUAUGCAAGUGUAAUUAUCUUGAUGUCUGCAGUUGUUACCACUCUCACUACCCUCUCCAUGUCAGCUAUCUGCACCAAUGGAGAAGUCAAAGGAGGUGGAGCCUACUACAUGAUAUCCCGUAGCUUGGGUCCUGAGUUUGGAGGUUCUAUUGGUCUAAUCUUUUCCGUUGCUAACACCAUCGCCGUUGCUAUGUAUGUAGUUGGUUUCUCUGAGACAGUUGCCCUUCUACUAAAGGAGUAUGAUGCCCAGAUGGUAAGCCUGGUCAAUGAUGUCAGGAUCAUCGGUAUGAUCACCAUUGUUAUCCUCCUUGCCAUCCUCUUUAUAGGCAUGGCAUGGGAAGCUAAGGUUCAGUUAGUUCUUCUUGUGGUUCUUAGUAUAGCUAUUUUCAACAUGGUUGUUGGUAGUUUUCUUCCGGUGACUGACGCUAAAGCUGCCAAGGGGUUCACUGGGUACAAAAAGGAUGUCUUUGUAGAAAAUCUAAAGCCCAGCUUCCAAGAUGGAGAGAGUUUCUUCUCAGUCUUCUCCAUCUUCUUCCCAGCAGCCACUGGUAUCUUAGCGGGAGCAAACAUCUCAGGAGAUCUUCAAGAUGCCCAGAAAGCUAUCCCAAAGGGAACAUUGUUGGCCAUCUUGAUCUCCACCAUCAUAUACGUUGGUCUUUCUUGGAUCAUCGGUGGUUGUAUGAUCAGGGAGGCUACAGGGAGUAUUGCUGAUGUCAUCGCUGGCAACGUCACUUCGGCUUGCCUGAAUGGGACCAUGAACUGUGAAUAUGGGCUUGUUAAUGACCUGGCUGCAGCGAAGGUAAUCUCUGGCUGGGUUCCUUUGGUACUUGCUGGUAUUUUUGCUGCAUCUCUCUCCUCAGCUCUAGCCAGCUUGGUCAGUGCUCCUAAGGUGUUUCAGGCUGUCUGCAAGGACAAGAUCUUUCCAAAGAUUGAGUACUUUGCUUAUGGAGUCGGAGCUGGUGAUGAACCAAAGAGAGCCUACGUUCUAACCUUCUUCAUUGCAGCUGCUUUCAUUGCUAUUGGUGAUUUAAACACGAUAGCUCCACUCAUCUCAAACUUCUUCUUGGCUUCCUAUGCUCUCAUCAACUUCUCUUGUUUUUCUGCUUCACUUGCAAAGUCUCCAGGCUGGAGACCUGCCUUCAAGUAUUACAACAUGUGGGUAGCCCUGUUGGCGUCAGUCAUCUGUGUUGGGGUCAUGUUUCUUAUCAACUGGUGGGCCGCUCUCCUUACUAUAGCUAUCAUCUCAGGUCUAUAUUUGUAUGUUCACAGCACAAAACCAGAGGUAAACUGGGGAGAUUCCAACCAAGCAUUCCUAUACAAGAGAGCACUCCAGACAACUAUCAAACUAGGCAAUGUACCUGAACAUGUCAAGACAUUCAGACCUCAAAUUUUACUGCUGACUGGGCCACCUAACUGUCGUCCAGCCAUGCUUCAUUUAUGUUCACAUAUCACCAAAAAUACCAGCUUGCUGCUCUGUGGAAAUGUCAUUUUAGGUGAGCAGCCAGAAGUUUUUAGACAGCUCAGAACAGCAGAAUAUGAGCAGUGGUUGAAUUAUAAGAAGAUCAAAGCAUUCCUUGCCUUCACUACAGCACCUAACCUCAGGAAAGGCGCACAACAACUCAUGCAGCUCGGAGGAUUAGGUAAAAUCCGACCCAACACAAUGUUUAUGGGAUUCAAGAGAAAUUGGAGUGCCUGUAAGCCUCAAGACCUCUUGGAUUAUGUCGGCAUCAUACAUGAUGCCUUUGAUCUUCAGCUAGGUGUAUGUAUUCUGAGGUUACGAGAGGGUUCUGAUGUAUCAGCAGCUCUUGACUUUGAGAAAGAGGAAACUAAUACACAAAAAGAAGAUAUUCCACAAGAAGAUGAGAAAGCAACUAACAGCGUCACUACACCAACCAUCACCAUCACCCAGGACAACACUGUGAAGGAGAAUCAAGACCAAGCAGAUGAAGAAGAAGAAGAGAAGGAGAAAGAGAAUGCGAAGGAAUCCACAGCAUUGGUUGAGAACUCAGAGAAUGAUGUGAACCAUCAAUCACGGCCUCUGUUGACGAGCGAGAAGCUGGUCCGCAACAUGCCGAUUGGCUCGGUCAUCAAGACCACACAGAAGUUCCAGGGCAAGCAACCCAAGGGUACCAUCGACGUCUGGUGGCUCUUUGACGAUGGUGGUCUGACGCUUCUCAUUCCUCAUCUACUCACUCAGAAGACAAACUGGCAGAAGUGUAAGCUGAGGGUCUUUGCCAGUGGAAAGAAGGAAAGGGUUGAUGAUGAGAAAAGAAAUAUGGCAAACAUGCUGAGCAAGUUCCGUAUCCCCCACGACAGCGUCAACAUCAUUCCAAACAUUGGCAAGAAGCCGUCCACUGCAAGUGUUGAAAAGUUUAACGAGAUCAUCCAGCCGUGGUUACUGAAGGAUGGUGAAGAUCCUAAGAUGUAUCCAUGGAAGAUCUCAGAAGAAGAUGUAGAAUCACUCAAAGAGAAGACAAUGAGACAAAUCCGGCUUAGGGAACUUCUUCAAGAGCACUCAAAAGAUGCCAACCUCAUUGUCAUGUCACUACCAAUGCCUAGGAAGAAUCUGUGUCCACCCAUCAUGUACAUGUGCUGGUUAGAAGUGCUUUCUGGUGACCUCCCUCCAAUCAUGCUAAUGAGAGGCAACCAGACCAGUGUUCUCACCUACUACUCAUAGUAUAUGCUUUAACAGAACGUUCAUCUUAGACAGACUGAACACACCCUGUGUAUAAUACAUCAGGCUCACGAGGGCCAGCCUGACUAGCGUUCUCAACUCCAACUCCUAGUAUACGAUAAGUGGAAGGUUCAUCUGAAGCCCAAGUCACAUGUAAAGAUGGAUCCUCAGGGAUCUACACCGCAACGGACCUAGAAUGGUCCGAAUAGUUUGAGUGUUGAUGACUGUAUUUUGACACUGCAUCUACACGAACCAUGCAUGCAGAGAACGGCGUCUACACAGACCAUCAGGGUGUCAGCAUGGACCUACAGGACAGCUACACAGACCAAAACGGCAGCUACAUGGACCAUUAGGGCAGCUUUUUGGACCAACACAGCAGCUACACUGACCAAUGCGGCAGCUACACGGACCAUCAAGAACUGUUCUGCCAAGACAGCAGUCCACGGAUGACAUCAGAUUUUUUUUUCCUCCCAAAAUUUACUGUAUUGGCCUCCUGAACCUUUCAAGGACCUCCAAAUAUGUCCAACGUGUCUGCAUGGAUCUCUCCCCUGGAUCUGAUCUAUAAUGUGGCUGGCAGGGGUGAAGGAAAACUGAACACACAAUAGUAAACACUCAUCCAAAAACAGUCUGAACACAUCCUCGUGCAUCAUGUAAUGUUUGUGGAAAGCAAUGAUUGUGUAUUCAACUUCUACAUGUACAUUGGUUUUCCUCAGACAUACAAGAACCAUCCUUGACCGACUGAACAUCUCCAAUGUACCGGUAAUACAUAAUAAUGAUAAUAAUUGUGAUAUCUUAUUGAGUGCACACACCAUCCAGAAACACUCAUGACAUAUUUGUCAUGCCUGGCAACUGUUUUGUAUUCAUCUGAAAUUUGUCAUGUAAGCUUCAAUGGAGUGUUGCAGAGGCAAACAUUUUAGUUUACCAUUAACUAUUGAAAUUACUUUCUUGGUUUUCACAUUAACACAACUCUAUCAAACCAGAAUGCACGUGAAAGCAAACUAUGCUGCUCAACAUCUAUUGUUAUAUCAUGUUUUAAGUGUGCAGUUGAAUGCAAAUUUAAAGAGUAUCAAAAUUCGAAUACAUAAAGCAGCUUUUAACCAAUGUGGUUUUAGAAAAAAUGUAAUCACCAGAUAAAUCUUAUUACUUUGAAACACAAUAUUUAUUCUGUAUUACUAUCAUGUCAGGCAAUCAAGUGUAUCAAAUCACAGGAAAUAUAUUGGGUAUACUAUUUAACAUAUGCUGGGUCAUAAUACCUUUAUUUGUUUGGGCAUGUGGAGUAAUUCAUAAUAAAUAUGGGUUUCUGGGGAGUGUUCCAUCAACACUUUCGUCCGACAAGUUGUCAGAUUUGACAACUUUCCUUGAUUUUGAUUGACUGAGAAGCAUUGUUACUAUGGUAACUGUUGAAUAAAAUGGGACUUGUCGGAUAUCACUUCUGACAAGUCCUUUCAUGAAAUGCUCCCCAGAUUGUUUUGUUUUAAUUAGUGUCCAACAUGCAUUGUUUAUUGUUUUAAAUAUUUCUUAAUGACAAAGAGUCUAUAUGCAUAUUUCUAUAUAGUCAUAUUAUUAUUGUAUCUGUCACCCUAACCCUACUUUGUAUUUCCAGUAUGUUUAAAUACUUAUGAAAUUAUUUAGAUUUAAAAUGCAAUAUUGUUUUUUGUUGUUUAUUAACAUAAUUACAUGUAUUGUGUUAGUCAUUCAAUUAAAAGAGUAUUACAAUAUGUAAGUUAUAUUGUACAUACAGCUACUUUUUUCAUAUUCCGAUUGCAGAAGAGAUAAUCAUGAUAGUAGUUUAACAACCAUUUCUUUUUUUAAAGAACAUGUAAUAGAAAGAUGAUAUAGAAACAAUUAAGAUCUAAGUAAGUUUACACAUAUAGGCAACUAUUGUCUUGUGCAUGUUUGUCCUUAUGGUGUCAUGCAGUUCCAUAAAAACUCAUCAUGGUUUUUUAAAGUAUAUCCCAAAAUUGUAGAAUUGACAGUGUGUUAUUAAU